ACAGACUCGUUUCGGAAAGAACGACGGCAUAAACAUAAGAAAAAUUUAGCACAUUGUUUAUAAUAUUGAAAUAUCUCGUAAAUAUUUUCCUUCUGAUCAUGAAAAAUAUGCAUUUUUGUGUGAUCAUAUCUUAGAAUUUUAAUUAACUUACCAUUAUUCAUCAAACAGUUCACUGAAAUUUUGUUUAUCCUCUCUCAAAUAGAAAAACAUGGAUCACAGUUUGAAAGAUUUAAUGGCCAGAUUGACAAACCAGACAGUAGAUAACAUAAGACCAGCUUGUAAAAAGUGUGGAUAUCCUGGUCAUUUUACCUAUCAAUGCCGAAAUUUUCUGAAGAUCAAUCCAGAUAAAGAUAUUGUGCUAGACAUUAGUAGUACCAGUUCUGAAUCUGAAGAGGACUUUGUAUCUCCUUUAACUCAGCUCAGAGAAGAAGAAAAGAAAAUGGAAGUAAAAGAGAAAAAGAAAUCUUCAAAGCAUUCGAAAUCUAAAAAGCACCACAGGUCAAGAUCACCUCAUCGUUCUUCUUCUGAAAGUGAUUCAGAAAGCGAUUCUGAUUCAAGUUCCAAAAGACACAAGAAAAAGAAACAUAAAAAGAAGCACAAACAUCACAAAACAAGUCAUAAGAAAAAGAAAUCAAAAAAGUCACAUAGACAUCACCAUGAAUCAAGUUAAUUUCAUUCAUGUGCUUUUCAGAAGCACAUUUUAAACUGUUUGAAUUUUAGCAAGACAAAUAUGUAUUUAAUUACUGUACUGUAAGUUUUGAGAAUGUUUUUAAGAUUUCUAAGUUUUAUCUGGAUGAGUAUAUUAAUCUUUUACCUAAAAUUAUGUACAAAAUCCAUGGUCUGUAUUUCCAUCCCUGUAUCAUCUACAUUUAUUUUGUUGCUUUGAGUCAUAAGUAUAUUGUUAUUUAUACAUCCAGUAUUUUUCUUACUUAUGCAAACUUGUCUAGUUGUAUGGAUAGAGUGGGGUCAAAUGAGUGUUUCAUCUUCAAGAUUCUUAAUAUUGGAAUAAUAAAAUAUUUACCUUAAUAAUUAUAUUUUUGUACAAAUAAAUAUUUUUCUAUAUAUUUUUGAGUAUGUAUUCACAUAGUUCCAUUCCCAUACUAACAUGCACAAAUGUCAUAAAAUUUUAAUAAUAUAUUAUGAUGUAAUUUUUUUUUUUCAAAAAUAUUGCCUAAGAAACUUCACACUUAUUCAUCUGUUACAAAGACUUUUGUUUCUUUUUUUUAUCUUCCUAUUGCUGAAAUUUGCAUUCAUGUUAAAACUAUGAACUUCAUUAUGUAAUUUAAGACACAGAUUUAAGAAGUAAAAUCAAUCCAUAUGUAUGUUAAUUUCAAUUUAAAGAGAAUUUUAAGAUUGCAUUUUUCUUUCAUAACUACAUUAUGCUUUUAAAUUAGAAAAUUUUCUGUCAUCAGUUUGUAGUAUAUGUUGGGGUUGCAUUUGAAAAGUCGUACAGAGACCUUAAAUAUUCAAGCCAUUAAAUUUUUUUAAAAAACUUUUUUAUUCUUGUUAUUUGAAAUUUCCUGAAAUUUUAUCUUACCAAUUCUUUAUAAAAAUGCCUUAUGUAUUAUAGUAAGAUAGCCCCAAGUUGCAUUUUAUUUUGUACCUCUAUU